AUGGAACCAAGGCAUCUUCUAGCAGGUCAUUUUCUCAUUAGAUUUGAUGUUGCAGUUCGGGCCAAAGGUUCUGUAAUAGCAGCCAUAUGCUGGAAUGACUCAGGAGAAGCUAUCUAUGCAAUUAUUGAUUUCAUAUGCAGUGUCAAUCCAAACAUAGGAGAAGCCAAAACUGCCUUGAUGGCAGUUAUUAAAGCAAAAAGAUUGGGUAAAGACAGAUAUUCAGAUGGGAUCACAUUCUUCCUUGCAAGCCCCGAUUUCCCACCACCUCGACCAACGGAUGGCGCUGGCAUUGGCCUUGUCAGCCGCGACCAAGCGAGAGACUCGAGUUUCUUAGAUGCAAAUAAAUUCGUUGCAGUUGAGUUCGAUACAUUUCGCAACGAUGAAUUGGACCCUCCGGAGCCUGUUCAUGAACACGUCGGUAUCAAUAUCAACAGUAUUAGAUCUCAGAACUCCACACCAUGGUCUAGUGUUAUCAAGGAAAACAGAACAUAUAGUGCUAGUAUUAGUUACGAUUCCGCUGCCCAAAACUUGAGUGUCACCUUCACUGGGUUCAGUAAUGGUAUCAUUCCAAUUCAACAGCACCUUUCUUCAAUAGUUGAUUUGAGAGAUUACUUACCAGAACGAGUUGAAUUUGGCUUCUCUUCCUCUACAGGAUUGCUCUCUGAAUUGCACAUUCUUCGCUCGUGGUCUUUUGAAUCGACACCACCUUAA